GGCGCCGAGACACGGCCCCGAGAAGAGGGAGCGGGAGCAGUGCCGGCCGCGGCGCAUGAUGUGGGUGCCGCUGCUGGCGUGCCUCACCGCGGGGAUCGUCUCCGUGCCCAGGUGCCAGCGCGGCCCCGGAGCCUUCCUUGGGGCGGCCCGGCUGCUGGCGGCCGUGCCGGGACUCUGCCAGCGCUCGGAAAACAGAUGUGCCACUUCAAAUGCAGUAACAUGCACAAAGUGUCUUGCUUUGGGUCCAGAGUGUGGAUGGUGUGCUCAAGAGGAUUUCAUGGCUAGCACAACACAGAAGGGACGCUGUGACACUGUUUUCAACUUAAUGAAAAGAGGCUGCCAAUCAGAUUUGGUUGAAAACCCCACGGUUCAUGUCACAAUGCCUAGUGACCAUGAAACAAAUACACAAGUGACACCAGGAAAAGUUUCAGUCCAACUGCGUCCAGGAAGUGAAGCAAACUUUAUGUUAAAAGUUCGUCCUUUAGAGAAAUACCCUGUGGAUCUUUACUAUUUAGUUGAUGUCUCAGCCUCUAUGCACAACAAUAUAGAAAAGUUAAAUUCCGUUGGAUUUGCUUUAUCCAAAAAGAUGGAGAAUAUUUCUCUUGAUUUUCGACUUGGAUUUGGAUCCUAUGUGGAUAAAACUGUGUCACCCUAUAUUAGCAUUCAUCCAGGUAGAAUCCAUAACCAGUGCAGUGAUUACAAUUUAGAUUGUAUGCCUCCUCAUGGUUAUAUUCAUGUGCUAUCCCUGACUGACAAUAUAGCAGAAUUCAGAAAUGCAGUGAAUAAACAAAAAAUAUCUGGGAAUAUUGAUACACCUGAAGGAGGUUUUGAUGCGAUGCUCCAAGCAGCUGUGUGCCAGAGCCAUAUUGGAUGGCGUAAAGAAGCAAAGCGACUGCUUCUUGUGAUGACAGAUCAAACUUCCCAUCUGGCCCUUGAUAGUAAAUUAGCAGGAAUUGUAAUUCCCCAUGAUGGAAACUGUCACUUGAAAGAUAAUGUGUACAUCAAAGCUACAAGUAUGGAGCAUCCAUCUCUUGGGCAGCUCUCUGAAAAAUUGAUUGACAAUAACAUCAAUGUUAUUUUUGCUGUUCAAGGAAGCCAGUUUCAUUGGUAUAAAGAUCUGUUACCUCUCUUGCCUGGUACUGUUGCAAGACAAAUAGAAUCCCAAGCAGCAAAUCUCAAUGAUUUGGUGGUAGAAGCCUAUCAGAAACUAAUCUCUGAAGUGAAAAUUCAAGUGGAUAACCAGAUCCAAGGUCUUCAUUUCAAUAUCACUGCGAUCUGUCCUGAUGGAAGUAUAAAAACUGGCAUGGAAGGAUGUAAAAAUGUGGGAUAUAAUAAAGAAGUACUUUUCAAUGUAUCAGUUACAAUGAAAGGAUGUCAUACAAGUGGAGGAAGAAAAUAUGUCAUGCUUAAGCCUAUUGGUUUCAAUGAAACUGCCAUUGUCAAUGUGCAGCAAAGCUGUGCCUGCCAGUAUGGAGACAGCACAGGGCACAAAGGAGUGUGGGCUGAUGAAACUUCUGACAGCAAACAGUCCCCGUGCAGUGACAGUGACUGUAGCUCUAACAGAGACACGCUUCCCUCAGAGAAGUGCAGGCAACACCAGGACCAACCCAUCUGCAGUGGUCAAGGAAAUUGCAUAGAUGGAAAAUGUUUCUGCUACAAAAACAAGCUAGGCAAGGUGUAUGGCAAGUACUGUGAAAUGGAUGAUUUUUCCUGCCCGUAUCACCAGGGAAACUUAUGUUCUGGUAAUGGUGAAUGUGAAGGUGGUAAAUGCAAAUGCUUUGCUGGCUGGGAAGGUGAUCGUUGCGAGUGCUCAUCACAAUCAGCAAAGCACUGCCUGAAUUCAAAGGGCCAAAUUUGCAGUGGAAGAGGAAAAUGUGUAUGUGGAAAGUGUGAGUGCACAGAUCCAAGAAGCUUUGGCCGUUUCUGUGAAUAUUGCCCUACUUGUAACAAAGCCUGUGAAGAGAACUGGAACUGUGUUCAGUGCUAUCAUUCUAAUAAUGCAUCGCAAGUCAUACUUGACCAGUGCACAACCUCAUGCAGUUACCUACUGCAUUAUAUUGAUAAUACUUCAGAUUGUUUCUCUGGACGAAACUACUUUAGAGUCUUUUCCAUAAUCUUUAUAGUUACCUUUCUGAUCGGGUUGCUUGUUGUCCUUAUCAUCAGGCAGAUAAUUCUGCAGGGGAGUAGCAAUAAGGUCAAAUCUUCAUCUGAUUACAGAGUAUCUACAACAAAGAAGGAUAAGAUGUUUUUGCCUACAGUUUGUACAAGAACAGUAACAUACAGACGUGACAAACCAGAGGAAAUAAAUAUCGACAUCAGCAAGUUGCGAUUAAAUGAAACUUUCAAGUGUGAAUUCUGAAGACUGCAAAUGUCUAUUUCCAUCAUGCUCGACUUUUAAGAAAUUACCUUUUGUACUCUAUGGGAGUCUUGACUGUUGCCAUAUGGUUUUGUGUUGUGCAUUUUGUUGAAUACUGUAACAAAGUGACAUGUAAACAUAUUCACAUUAUGUGAUUAUGUUUGGAACUAUAGCUGCUGUAUUUUUUUAAAUUUUUUUGAAAGAGAAAUGUGCGUUACUACUGUUCAGAAACAUUAGUGUUGAUGUAGCACUUUAGCAUAUUCUAAUUUAUUUAGUUAUGGUCUAGAAUGUAGAUACAAACCGGUCUGACAAAGCACUGAUCUCACUCUACAUGUAGCUAGUACUGAUGUGCUCUGUGGGAAUGGACAAAAGCUGUGACUGGAGUAUUAACAUUGCUGUAUAUUAUAGCAAUAGAUGAAACUAUUAAAAUGCUCUUUAAUAGAGUAAAUGGUACUUUUAUAGUUCUCUCAGUUGACAGAUUCCACUAAUUUGUCUGCUUAUUCCUCUUAUCUUUUCUUCAUAAAAAUGAUGGGGUUAAAUGACUGUUUAGUUCCUGGUACGGGUGUGUGUGUAUACAUACACAUAUGCAUGCACACACAGGUAAACUAUAUAUUUAUAGGGGUUUUUUGUAUGGUUGAUGUCAUUUAAAGAUAAUUUAUAUCUGAUAAAGAGUAAUUUUAAGCUUUUUUACUUGUUUAAAUAUAAUGCCCCAAUUUUAUACAAAACUUAAGGUGUUUGGAAACUGAGUGGCUACAGAAAAUGAGACUUCCUUUACCCAACAGCAUAGCCUACAUGAUGAUCACUGCCAGCAGACUACACCUUUAGAGUCAACAGCAUCAAAGCCAUUGCAAAUAGAUAAAUUACACCAGAGCUGUGUUUGGUUUGCUAGCUACAUAUCAGUGUAGACUACACCUUUAGAGUCAACAGCAUCAAAUCCAUUGCAAAUAGAUAAAUUACACCAGAGCUGUGUUUGGUUUGCUAGCUACAUAUCAGUGUUUUGCCAAAUAAGGACUUGGAUCUUUUUAUAUGAUGUCAGGCAUAAGUCUGAUUUUACAUGUGCUCUUUUUCUCUAUGUAAAUUAGUUGAUGAGAUUAGGUUUUCUAAGAUUUUUGUAACCACUUCAGUUUUUUGUGACUGCAUUGAGAAGUGUGUCCAGCGUGUGAUGGAGAAAAGAACCUGCAAACUAAAAGAAAGUGAGGAAAAUAAGAGUCUUUUUCUCAAAACACAUUAAUUGACUUUAUAAGUAUGGAUCAGAUUCUGCCUUCAGGAAUGUGCAAAACUCUUCCAAACAUGGCAGGACCAAUAUAAGCUUAUCUGAGAGCAGAAUGGGAGGUACAAAGUCAAGCAGAAGCAUCUUUUUUUUUAUCCCUGAAACCAGCUAGAGUGGUAGAACAUAUGUUAUUGUUAUAUGCUUGUUGGAAGUAUCAGUCUGAUUUACUAACUCUAUGCUGCUGAAACCCUAUGAAAAUCUGAUCAACCUCUAAUGCACUAAAACCUUGCUGGCAGAAAGAAAAAUCAUCUCAGAAGAUGGUGUAUAAUUUCACCAACAUUUAUUACUAAUACUAAAUACUGUCACUAUUUGUCAUAGAUAAGAGUUACAGAAACAAAGCAGGACUUCCUUAUGUGCAGUCUUUAGAAAUUACUUAUAUUUCCUAUUCUGUAUUUCUUCUGUAAAUUCCCACUGAAACCUGAGCACUGUGAGGAUUGAAAGGAAGGCAGGGUGUAGAAAAAUGAUGAGUGUUUUAUGAGUGUUAAGUUUCUUGGGUAAUAGAUCAAGUGGGAUUGAGAAAAAUAAUACACAGACAAUGGGCCUUUCAUUAGUCAUAAAAGCUUAGGGAUUGUUUUUUAAAAAAAUGUGUAAAUUGGACUAUUAAAUGUUUUUAAAGCAGUCUCCGAAGUAGGUCCUGAGCUUUCUACCACACAGGUAAAAUUAUCCCUUUUAACAAAAAGAGUGUUUCUUUACACUGACCCUGACUUUAGUGUUAGCUUAAUUGUAGAACAUUAGUUAUAGAUUAAUUCUGUAGUUUAACAACUACACCUUAAACUCUCAUUUUCUUUUAAAGUAUAUAGGACCAUUCUGCUCCUGUGUAAAUUAAAAGAUUUCAAACAACUGAUUUUGGUGGGAUAAAGAUAAAAGAUUGAUAAAGGUUGACCUGCUGUUACCGUUGUCACAAUUCAUGGCAAUUUGUGAGUGUGAAACAAUCUCUGGUUGCUAUUUAACUUAAAUUUUAAAAAUACUUAGUGGAGUAUAUCUAAGUAUAUAAAAAAGAGGUUAAUUAUGUUCUUUAAACAGUGUGAUAAACCCUUAAAAAAAAAGAUUCCUCAGAAUCUAUUUUCACCCCAUAAUGGCCUUUAAAGCAUAUUCUAAAGCAUUUAUUGAAUUGAUAAAUAUAUUUUUUUCAUUAGAAACUACUUUUUACUGUUAGAGGGAGUUCAGUUUUGUGGGUAAGGGAUAAUGGAAGUGGGUUCUUGGUGGAAGAAAGACUUGAGCUGUAAUACCCAUCUUCCAGACACAUCACAUCAUGCUGCUACUGCUUUUUAUCUGUAGCACUUGGCAUUGGACUGCUGCCUGUGAAGGGGCAUGGCCAGUAUUUCCUUAUCAGACACCUGCCUGAAUGUUUAAAAUGCUCUGAUCAAAAAGAGUAGGCUCACAGGACAAAUUGCACUGUAAGCUGCUUGCUGUCCUGAGAUUAAAAAAAUGUAUAUAAAUUAACAAAAAAAAAAAAAAAAAAAAGGAGAGAAAAAAAAGAAAAAAGCUUUCUUGCAUCUCCCUCAUGGUUUUGCUGUAUUGUGGAAGAGACUGGUGAAAGAGAAUAAGCUGCUGCUAAUGUGACAGGUCAAGGCUUUUAGAAGGCCCGUGGGGAGCUUAUACAGAGCAGGAUUCUUGGGAGGAGGCUUUGUUUCUAGGGAUGGAAUCUAUCCAUGAGAAACUCUGGCUUUGCUUGGUACUUGUUUCCCUCUGCCUUUGACCAUGUUUUUCAGAAGAGCUGCUGCAGGAGAUGAAUAGCUCAACAAAAGCCUCACUAUUUAGGGAGCUGUGUUCCCUCAGCACAUGACCUUAAAUGAGAAAGCAGCCUUUAAUUCACAAGGAAUUUCUUCAGUGAUUGCAGGAGGACUGUGCUUCCUAUAGUGCUUAAUAAGGGAGAUAUUAAAGACAAAUUAGUUCAUAUUAGUUUUCAAUCUAUUGUGCAUCAAAAUGUUCAUAAAAAUAGGGGAAAAAAAUAACUAACCUCAGAAUAGAGUGUUCCAAAGUUCUCAAAUAACAUUUUUUAUACUGGGCUUCUUCAAAAAAAUUUAGAAAGAAGUCAAAUAAUUCUACUGUGUGCUUAUAUCCAAAAAUAUACCAUCUCAUUAGUUUGGGGAAUUGUUUUUAGAUUUGGUCCCACAAAUGAAGCAUGUGCAUGACUUUUCACAGCAUAUUUGUUACUGUUAAAAUCCAUAUGUAUACUUUUCAAAUUCUAGUCGCAUUUUUUAACCUUUGACCUGUUAUUUGUGUGACACUUCAGAAAUUGCAUGUUUAUGUAAUUAAAAAGUAUGUAUUUUACUUCAGAUUUUUUUGACUACUAUAAAAUGAAAAAAUGCUAUGAAAUAGUUCUUUCCAAGAAUCAUGACUACCCUAAUAAGAUUGCUGCAGAAGUGUGUGGGAAAAUAGCUGUUUCAUCCAGAAAACGUGCGCAUGGUAUGCAAGGAAUUUUCAUUGUGCCCAGCUGAAAUUCCCUUACAUUUGCAAGGUUAAAAAUGAACCUUAAAAAGGAAGGAUGUUCGUAUGGGCAUAGUUUACAUUUUAGCUAUUAUUUACAACUGGAUUUAUUUUUUCCUCUCUAUGAUGUCAUGAAAACCUGCUAUGUAAAGCAUUCUUCUGACUGCAAUGGAAAAAUAUUAUUUUCCCAGUCUGAUCAUAUAUAAUAUUUAUUUCCUGCUUAGUGUGCAUGUUUUGCAAACCAUGGGAGUGAAUGUGUGAAACAGCUUCAAGCAACCCUCUGUCCUAAACUAGGCAUAGAGUCUGGUGAUGCCCAGGGCAGAGACAUGCAAGGGCAUGACUGCCUGUGUGGAGACUUCAAGAGGGACAUGCUGGGGCUCCCCACAGCAUCCCUGCAGAAAUGGUGCUCUGAGAUCUCACUUUGCCUUUUGUCAGGGCAAGAAGCCUCUUCAGAGUGGGUUGGCUUGGCAGUGGUGGUGCCCUAGGUUUGCAUUGCAGGCACUUGGCCCCAGACUGGGACUCCGUUGUGUGCAGUCUGAGCCCUAAUGCUGCAGGCUUUUUGCAUCUUUACUCAUCAAAAAUGCCUGCACACAACCCAGCAAGGGACAGCCUGUACACGUGGGUGCUGCAGACCUCCAUUAAAGCUCCUGGGGAGCGUUUGGGCACCUGCCCGCUGACCUCCCACCAGCCCCUGGAUCUCCACCAGCCAGCCUUAAGGAAUGUGAGCAGUGGCUGUAAAGGGCACUUCUCACAGAGGCAUUUGUGCUGAGUCAGUGCUGGGUGACUCCUACUCUGUCCCGACUGCUAGUGACGCCUGGUGACAAUGUCCUGGCUACCAUUUUGCAACAGAGGGGAAAGCAGAAAUGAAGCAAUACUUAAGAAAAACACUAAUUUUUAGUUCUGAUCUUGAGACUGCUCUGAUGCACAGGUAUCUGUUGGCUCUUACAGAGAAUUGAAAUUCAUGGAGGGGGGAGAAAAGGUUAAAGUUAACCAACGGGAAUGCAUCUUUAUAGCAUGCCCGAUCAGUGGGGUUUCACUGAGAGCAAGGCAGCUCAGAAUGGUUGGCCUGUCUGGGAGGGGCUGGGAGGGGGAAGAAAAAACCUUAAAUUUCUAGAUUCUUAAGCUUUCUGCUGGUCUGAAUUUCAUGUUCUCUUUGUUUCCUUUUCUGAACAUGCUUAAAAAGAGGUACAUAUUAAAAAAAAAAUUAAAGUAUGUGGCAUUUGUUAAAAUAAUUACUCCUGUCCAAAGUUUAACAUUUCAUCCUGAUACCUAUAUUGUAUUUGGGCUGUUUCAGUUAUAUUUUGAAGGGAGAUGUUGAAAAAUGAGUCUUUUGCAGAUGCAUUAGUGUUGGAUGAAUUCACUGUGCUGACAUCUUCACACUUACCUACUACUGCUUCAAAAAUAAUGCUACUUUAAAGUGUCUUACUUAGCAAUUGUGUGACAGCUUUUAAUAAUACUAUAGUUUUAAACUUUCUAUUUAACAUAUACUACCUUUUGUAAAAAAUAAAUAAUGUGUGUCUAGAUUUUAUGCAUAGAGAAUGUUAGUAAGGGAAGAGGUUUUAAAUUUGAUAACUUCUUACUGCUCAUUUUACAUUUUGAAUGAUACUUUUAAAUCACUACUUUUGUUCAUCUGGAAAUAUAUUGAAUAUUUUAUUAUUUAAAAUGGUAUACUUUUAUAGCUGUUUUAUUAAUUUCAGUUGACUACUAACUUUUAUUGUGAUAUUUAUUAAUGAGUUACACUGUAGCAUAUUGAGAUGUUUAUUUUUCUAUCAGAGCUGUAACAACUAUGACAUAGCAUUAUUUUAAUGCAACAUCAUUGUACUUGCUCUCUAAAAAAUAAAAUCAAUAUUUAAUCCAUAUGGAUUUUUCAUAUUUUUGAUAUUAAAUAUAUGUGUGACAAGAAAGAGAUGUUCAUUUGCUUUUAAAAAUAUAAAGCACAUUUACUGAGGUGUACCGAUAUCUGCAAAGGGAAGAUAUGAUUGUGGUUAUCUUAAAAUUGAACAAUACCAUGUCCAAGGAGAUAAAAUACAAAGAAUACUUUGUUUAUCAGAUGUAGGCAAAUGAGUAGAUGCACAUUCAGGAUGAAUUUUGAGAAGAUGGGAAGGAGCAAAAAACUAUUUAUCAGUUUGGAGGUGCAGCUGCCCACCACCAAGGGUUUUAGCUUGCCCAACCCAUCUAAACCUGAAAGCACCAGGAGGUGCUGGUAUUUUAUAGAAGACAAGAAGAUACUUCCUGUGUAAAUACAAUCUCUAGAUUGAUGAGUGGUUGCGAUAGCCUCUCUUUUCCCUUGCUCUGCUGGGUGGUAGAAGAGCUAGAUUUCUGGGAAUGGGUAAAUCUCUGCAGAUGCCUCAUCUAUGCCACUCACUGCACACUUGGGUCACUUCACGUGUACUGGUGAAAGCAUGUCACUGGUGGGGAAGGUUCUCAUUCUCUCCUUGUGCAGAAUCAGUCACAGCAUUUGCUUUGCACAGCAGCACAAAAUUGCUCUUGAAAAGGAUUUAGAUAUGCCUUGGAUAAGGACAUUUAAAAUUUGCCACGAUGCCUCAGACAUCUGUGGCACUAAGACACCUGCCAGAUAUCACUGGUAAAA